AUGGAGGGAACUGGAGAUACGACGACGACUUCUGAAGGGCAUUUGACUUCGGCGGCAGCAUUUGUUGAAGGAGGAAUCCAAGAUCCUUGUGAUGAUGCUUGUAGCAUUUGUCUUGAAGUCUUUUGCGAAAGCGAUCCAUCAGCUUUGACUAGUUGCAAGCAUGAGUAUCAUCUUCAAUGCAUCCUCGAGUGGUGUCAAAGGAGUUCACAGUGCCCAAUGUGUUGGCAAGCAAUUAGUCUCAAAGAUCCCACAAGUCAGGAGUUGCUUGAGGCUGUUGUACAGGAGAGAAAUUUCCGCUUCAAUCCUUCUAGAAAUGCCACUAUUUUCCGUCAUCCAACUCUCGGUGAUUUUGAAUUACAACAUCUCCCAGUGGGGGUAGACAAUGCAGAGAUUGAAGAACGAAUCAUUCAGCACUUGGCUGCUGCUGCAGCUAUGGGACGUGCAAGGCAUGGGGUAAGAAGGGAAGGCCACAGAAGCAGAUCAUCAAGUCAAGGUCAUCCACAGUUCAUGGUGUUCUCUUCGCAUCCAAAUGCUUCUCCUCCUCCACCUCAUCCACCCAUGCCUUCCUCUCCAUCUCAGAGAGAUGAGAGUGACACAGUCACAAGCCUUCCUCUCUCCCCUCACAAUACUACAGGGGAGGGUUCUCUUCAGUCAAACAUGCAGCCGCCAACUUCUUUCCAUCACCACCAGGUUUCUCCUUCAGCAUCUGAUUCAAACAGCAGGUCUCCUAAUCAAUCUUCCCCCAGUGAUCAAGAUAGAGCUGGACCAUCAGAGCUUCAAUCAUUUUCUGAAUCACUAAAGUCUCGAUUAAAUGCUGUCUCAACGAGAUACAAAGAAUCGAUAUCAAAGAACACAAGGAACUGGAAAGAUAGAUUUUUUUCUCGCAACACUUCCAUGGCAGACCUUGGUUCUGAAGUUAAAAGAGAGGUCAGUGCUGGAAUCGCCACUGUGUCCCGCAUGAUGGAACGUCUAGAAACUAGAGAAAACAGUAGACCCAGCACUGCAUCUGUAUCAAGUGGCUCAGGAAAUCAGACUCCUGAAUCAAACAAUGAGCAUGAUAGAUCAGAAGCAGGUGAUGAUCAUUCUUUGAAUGAAAUGGGUGUCAAAGGAACAUGUGCUGCUGGUUCUGGUUCAAGCUAA